GAUCAACCCCUCCAGUUGGCGGUUCUGUAACCCCUAGUUCAAGUUUAUUAUGAACUCUUUUACCGAUGAGGCGACAUCAGCUCUUGACGUGAACAUAAAUGCUUUGGCCGGCUUGCCACAACCGCCAAGCUCUUGCUCUCAAUUUAGGAACACAGGCAGCGACUCGCCCGUUCUUCUUGAAAAUGAGUUUUAUUCGCCAGAAGACUGUUCGGAAAACGACGAAGGCUCAAGAACGCCGAAACCGUCUGUCGAAUGCGUCGUUUGCGGUGAUAAAUCUUCUGGAAAGCAUUACGGUGUUUUUACUUGUGAAGGCUGUAAGAGUUUCUUCAAACGAAGCAUUCGACGAAAUCUUUCGUACACGUGCAGGGGGUUCAAAAAUUGUCCGGUGGAUAUCCAACACAGAAAUCACUGUCAGUACUGCAGGCUGAAGAAGUGUAUGAAAGUUGGCAUGAGAAAGGAUGCUGUCCAGAAAGGUCGCAUCUCCACAACGCAAUCCGACACUGCAAGUUCUCUCCAAAUGGGUCUAGCGGACAUGCGCAAUCCUCAGUCCUUCUAUUCAAGUUACAUCACACUUUUACUCCGCGCCGAUACGAUCGCGCGUUACCAACAGUCCCUCGGGAUUCCCGCUAACAUUGCGGGACUGGAGAGCGCUUCUGAACUGGCUGCAAGACUAUUGGUUUCCAUCGCAGAAUGGGCGAAGAAUAUUCCAUUUUUCUCAGAGUUUACACUACCUGACCAGUCAAUCUUACUACGCUCGUGUUGGAGUGAACUGUUCAUAUUAAACGCUGCCCAGCACUGUUCGCCGUUUCACAUGGCGCAACCACUGACCAUAAGCGCACUGACGCCUCCGUCAAGCACUGAUCUAUUAGCAGUUAACAGCAAUGGAUCAAUGGCUUUCGAUUCAGCAGAAAAUCUCAGAUUAUUCGAAGAACAAGUUGAAAAGCUCAAGAAUCUGCAUAUAGACUCUGCUGAGUUCUGUUGUCUCAAGGCCAUCAUUCUUUUUAAUCCAGGUGGGUAGUGAUUUCUUAUUUUUCUUAUUUGUUUGAUAAGCACUACGCGCGAGCGCUUUAUCCAUGCUCCCUUUUAGAGAGAGACACCAUUGAGAGUGUCCUGGGCUCGUCCUUAAUGUCACUUCGUUGACCGCGCGCCAAGGUACGAUAGGUAGCAAUCAAAACUAUUCACAUGUUUGGUUUUGACCGGUUGUGGAUAUCAGUGAAAUUAUAUUUAAGCAAAGUGACAAAUUAUUUUCUUCAUUUAGCUGUUUAAUUUUCUAUAACCUUCUUGAUCUCUUCCGUGGGAGGCCCAGUAGCC